GGAGCACCUCGCCCUCGCACCUGCCACACACACCCCCGUCCAGCUCGGCUCCCAGCACAAAACUCCAGCAUGGCUGACCCCUGCUGCUCUAGGACUUGUGUUAUUGCCGCGUCCACCCUGUCUGUCUGCUCCAGCGACCUGAGCCGUGGCAGCCGCGUCUGCUCACCCAGUGCUUGCACUGGAUCCUCCUGGCAGGUGGACAGUUGCCAGGAGAGCUGCUGCGAGCCCCCGUGCUGCGCCCUGGCCCCCUGCCUGACCCUCCUGUGCGGCCCCUCCUCCCCCUGCCAGGGAGACUGCUGCACCCCAGCGUGCUGUAAGCCCGUCUGCUGCACCCCUGUGUGCUGCAAGCCCGUCUGCUGCACCCCUGUCUGCUGCAAGCCCGUCUGCUGCACCUCUGUGUGCUGCGAGGACUCCCCCUGCUCAGGCCCCUCCUGCUGCCAGCCCAGCCCCUGCUGCAGACCCUCCUCCUGCGUGUCCCUGCUCUGCCGCCCCGUGUGCAGGCCCGCCUGCUGCACCCCUGUGUGCUGCAAGCCUAUCUGCUGCACCCCUGUGUGCUGCGAGGACUCCCCCUGCUCAGCCCCCUCCUGCUGCCAGCCCAGCCCCUGCUGCAGACCCUCCUCCUGCGUGUCCUUGCUCUGCCGCCCCGUGUGCAGGCCCGCCUGCUGCACCCCUGUCUGCUGCAAGCCCAUCUGCUGCACCCCUGUGUGCUGCAAGCCUGUCUGCUGCACCCCUGUCUGUUGCAAGCCCGUGUGCUGCACCCCUGUCUGCUACGAGGACUCCCCCUGCUCAGCCCCCUCCUGCUGCCAGCCCAGCCCCUGCUGCAGACCCUCCUCCUGCGUGUCCCUGCUCUGCCGCCCCGUGUGCAGGCCCGCCUGCUGUGCCCCUGCCUCUUCCUGCUGUCGCCCGGCCUCCUGCGUGUCCCUGCUCUGCCGCCCCGCGUGCCCCCGCCCUGCCUGCUGCGGCCCCACCUCAGGCCAGUCCUGCUGCUGAUGGGCACGUCCCCCCAGGGCCAGCUGGGCUCAGGUCCCACCUGGUGACUGUGGUCCUCCUGGCCACCCCUCAGUCAGUCCUACCUGUGUUAGGUGGCUGCCCCCACCCAGGACGGGGUCCCCCAUGUGUCCACUCUCCUGACCUGACCUUGACCUCCUGCCUCCCAGGAAUACUGACCCCGUGGCUUCCCGGGGCUUCUGCUCCCAGGAUGCACCUGCACCUGUUCUGGGUCACCUGUCCUUCCCUCCCCCUUUCUCUGCUUGGGUCACUUGACCUCGACUCCUAACCUGUCAGUACCUCCUUGGGUACCCCAAUAAACUCACUUCGCCAGCUGA